GGGAAGGGUGUAAGGUCCGCGUCUAGCUUCACUGUUUGCACAUGAAUGUCCCGUGGGAUUAUCUCCCCUCUCCCCUUCUGAGGAGUAUCUCCUCUUAAAAACACCCCUUUUCUCUGCUACCCCAAAACGAGGGAUCCAGACUUUCAGACAUGACUUUACGUAUCUUCCCAUCGAUCAGAGAGAAAAACGCGAACCCCCACCACCUCUCCCCAGGCCUGCAUGUGUGCCCUUCCUCAUGUCCUUAGUCCCCGCCAUCCACCAGGCUGCAGCCACGCUGGCCACCCCACUGCCAAGCCCUCUCCCACCCAUGGGCUUUGAGCCUGCUCCGCUUCCCUGCCUGGACAGUGCCCUCCCACGCCGCCUCGAGGAAGCCUUCCUGGACCGUCACUGCGGAAGUGACCUACCCGUGUUCUCCCCACCAGCACCCUUUCCAUGUUCUUCACGGCAUUUGUGACAGUGUCCAAGUAUCGCACCUGUUCGUUUGCUCACUAGCUAGCUGGCUCACAGAGGGAAGAGAAAUUUCUGGAGGACGGGGAGCUGCCUGUCUCAUUCGUGGCUCUUAGUCCCAGCUUCUAGAACAGUCCAUGCACAGAGUAGGCCCUCGGCCCAUACAUAGGAAUGAAGGAGUUGGGGGAAAUCCGCCUCCAGUCAUGUUUCUUCUGAGGAUAAGAAGACAGUCCGCUUCCUCUUGAAGAAGAAAACCUUGUUCCUUCUCUGAAAACCCUUUUGGGAACCUGGAGGCUUUCAGGCUUUGGAGAGCCAAGACAGGGGGAGGAAGUUCCCUUCAGACAAAGGCAACUUCUGCCUUUCAUCCCACCCUGAACCGCCACAGAAGGGAGGCUGGCUGUUCUCUGGGCCGCAGGGUCUGAAGACGGCACACGGGGGAUUCCAGAAGGAACAGCCCAAACCAGUCUCUGGAGGGCUGGGCAGGCUGCCCUCCCUGUGGGAGUCCUGCGGGGGUUCCUGCCGGCUCCCAGAGCGGUGGGCAGGGAGCCGCGCGCACGCGCGCACACACACACACACACGCGUGCACGCACACGCACACACAAGCACACACAAGCACACACACACACACUGGUGCUGGCGUCAGCUCAACCCUCGGCCAGCCUGGUGCCUGGUGCCGGACUCCUGUUCCAACAGCACCCGGCCUGGGGCAACCACGGGGCGGGGAGUCCGCAUGUGAGCGAGAGCCCGGCUCCUUCUUAAGCGCCCGCCAGUCAAGCCCGGGCCAGACGGCCAGCCAGCCAGCCGGCGCCCCACACUCCGCCACCUGUCCUGCGGCUCCACCGGCCGCCACCGCCACCGCCACCGGAGCAGCCACCACCCAGCCUCCAUGGCCGACCAGCUGAGCGAGGAACAGGUGGCCGAGUUCAAGGAGGCCUUCUGCCUGUUUGACAAGGACGGGGACGGCGUCAUCACCACCCAGGAGCUGGGCACCGUCAUGCGCUCCCUGGGCCAGAACCCCACGGAGGCCGAGCUGCGCGACAUGGUCAGCGAGAUCGACCGCGACGGCAACGGCACCGUGGACUUCCCCGAGUUCCUGGGCAUGAUGGCCAGGCAGCUGAAGGGCAGGGACAGCGAGGACCAGAUCCGCGAGGCCUUCCGCGUCUUCGACAAGGACGGCAACGGGCUGGUGAGCGCCGCGGAGCUGCGGCACGUGAUGACCAGGCUGGGGGAGAAGCUGAGCGACGAGGAGGUGGACGAGAUGAUCCGGGCUGCGGACGUGGACGGGGAUGGGCAGGUGAACUACGAGGAGUUCGUCCACAUGCUGGUCUCCAAGUGAGGAGCCCGGCCCGGCACUGUGGCUUUGCUGCGCGAACCCGGGGCCGGCCCUGCUCCCGGCAACCCUCCGGCCCCUCUGGGCUCCGCAGCUUCUCCGUUCCAGGUGAUUCCGCCCAUCUUUGUGCACCUCCCUUUGUCGCCUUUUUCCUGCCACCCCUCCCCCGCCUUCCCAGCCGGGCCACGCCUCCCCCAAGCUCAGAGACACCCGGAGCAGCAGCGACAUCACUCUGCCUGGACAGUGAACAGAGGACCAGUGCAGUCCCACCGGCCAGGCACCUGGGGAGGUGCAGGGUGACAUCACAGAGCCCUGGGCUGGACCCCUGCGGGGCACUCAGCACUGGGGCCGGGUCCCUAGCCCCCUGAGCCGGGGGAGGGGUUCCGGAGCCUCCGUGACCUGAGGGCACCAUGUGCUGCUGGACUGGGGCAGGUGGGAGGGACCUGGCCUGGGCGAGGGGGCUGCUGGAGAUGUCGGCACUUGAAAUCAGGCUUCCCUGAGAAAGAGCACCCCCUUUCCGCUGGUGCUCGAUUGUCUGAUUCAUCCUUUGCCGCUUGGAAUAAAUCCGGGGUCAGUUGUGA